CAGAGUGUAAUAUGUCGAAACGGCUCGACCAAUCAAAUCGCUGGAUUUGGGUCUUGUCUCGGCAUGUUCUCGUAGCCCUGCUUCUCACCGGAUCCACGUGUACGCAGAGAUGUAAAACUACAUGGUGACAUAAUGUCAGAUUCACCCUGGAGAUACUCCACCAGUAAUGGAGUGGACCGAAAUAUCUUGUCAUCCACCAACGAAGAAACGAGCACUAUUUCUCAUCAAACUAAAAAACGAAGAAAAAAGAAUAAACUGAAAAAAUCCAGAACUGAAUCCCAUGAGGUCUCAUUUGAACAAAAACGAGGAAAGAAAAGAAAGUUAGAUGAGCAUUUGGAAAUAAAGACGGAAUGUGUAAAACAUAGAGAUGUUUCAGAUUCUGUAUCUGAACAAUCAAAUUAUGUGCAAUUCAAAAGGCCCAGGAUAACUCCUUAUACACUUACUGGUGAAGCUGAGUCUGCAUCACCUCUCUGUAGCAGCUGGGAGGUGGACAGUGGCUUUUCUUCUGAAUCCAGUCCUCCCAGUAGUGGCAGGAGUUCACCGUGUGUGGGAAUAGACCACUCUAAGCUUGUAGCUAUGGACUGUGAAAUGGUCGGCACUGGAACUGGGGGCAAGUGUAGUGAAGUGGCACGCUGUAGUAUAGUAAAUUAUUAUGGUAGUGUUUUGUAUGAUAGAUAUAUUUUACCUCGGAAUCCAGUCACAGACUACCGCACAAGAUGGAGUGGCAUUAGGAAACAUCAUUUACAACAGGCAGUGGCUUUUGAGGACGCGCAGAAUGAGAUCGUCAACAUCCUCACCGGGAAGAUUAUUGUGGGCCAUGCCUUAUUUAAUGAUUUCCAGGUUCUUGACAUCUCCGUCCCGCCACAAAUGAUUAGGGAUACCUGUUCCUGUAUAUUGCUGCGAGGGUUGUAUAACACCUCCACUAGAUGCAAUGUCUCUUUGAAGAAACUGUCUCAGGAACUUCUCAAUAGGACCAUACAGUCUGGAAGAAUGGGUCACUGCUCUGUAGAGGAUGCUUGUGCUGCCAUGGACCUGUACAAGCUGGUAGAGGACCAGUGGGAAAAAUACAUACAGUCCAAGGAUUUAAACACUGUCCAUACCUCAAACCCCAACAACAACCUCGAGCACUACAUGGAGGACCAGUACUGGCCAGAAAACAUAAUGGACUGCAGCCCCUAAGACCAAGAGUUAGGAUAAUGAUGCCACCCUCAAUGCUAGGAACUGUCUUUGUUGUUUAAUGUUAUUUAAACCUCCAACUUUUCUAAACAUGUUAACAUACAAUUAGGAAAUACAUGGAAAUGUUGUAGAACAUUACCUAGCACUUGAAAGUUUAUUUAAAUAACUUAAACUUUGACUUAAAAGAUGAUUGUUUAUUAAGGGAAUUUGAAUAUUAAAGUUAAUAACAGGUUUCUAAAUUUACACAGACUGUAUUUUAAUUAAUGACUCCAUUGUGAGUCUUAAUUUGUAUGAUUAAUAUUAAUGUGUAAUGUUAAUGACAUUAUGCUGCUAGUUCGCAAUAUAUUCAUAUGUGUUCAAACUGACAGUGCUCUUCAUCCAAAAAGUAUUGUCAUGCGAAAACUUGAAAUAUGAAAUGUUUAAAUAAAGAUUAUGGGGGGAAAAAAUCUUGAACUCCAAAUCA